GUCCCACCCACAUUCCCGUGCCGCUUCCGGGUGGUGGCUACACAAGACUCGAUCUUAGAGACGUCGUAAUCUCAACGUUUUAAACAAAAGUUAAUAAACGGUUUAGCCUCGGUAAUAUACGUUUUACGAAAAGACAUGCAUAUCAAAUCAGGUACAUGGGAAUUCAGUAACACUGCUUGUGAGUCAGAUAGCUUGUGUGAUCAACCAGUCCUCGUGUCAGCUCCUAAUUCAGAACCCCACAUUCGUAACCGCCGCUUGUCACCUGGUUCAGGUAACUGUGGGGGUGGUGGAGGAGGCUGCAUCUCUGGAAGCAAUCAGCCUUCCCGUCAGAACUUUCCUCAGAAGGAUCUGAUCGGUCCGGGCCAAGCGCACACUACCAGCUUUCGCAAGGAGAAAGAACGCAAAGGCCAGCAGCACAAAGUACGCAGCAUCCGUAGGGAGAAUCAGAAAGGGUUCACCCGAACCUGCGAGCGGCCACAAAAAGGUCACCAAAAGGAGAAGUGGGUGGAGGACAGUCUGUCAUUGCUUAAGCCCCCACCUGCUUUCCCAGUGCAGGACAGCCCCGCCAAGCUGCAGCCUGCUGUCAGCUACGCCUCCAAAGUGAAGGCCAGAGCAGUGAGCGGCGCGCUGGAGGAAGACCGCCCCGCCAUCGGUGUGCUGCUACAGAACGAGUGGGGUCUAAGUUUCAUCAGCGAGUCGAGACCCACCACAGAGGGUCCUGUUACUGAGGACCUCUCACCCACAGACGCUAAACAUCCAGCAGACCCACAUCAUAACACAGUUCUCACAGUCCAGCUCACUGAAGAAAUGCCAGUACCUGUCCCCACCUUUAUCGCCCCGGCCACACCUGCAGAGGUGGACAAGGGUAAUGGGGAUCUGCUGCUCAGCUGUCGCCAUCUAGUGGAGGCUUUGAACUAUCACAAUAGAGAAUGGAAUUUUAUCUGCAACAAACAAAAGAAAGAUCCAAAAAGAGUUAUUUGGUACAAGGACACCCAGGAGCACCCAGCCUAGCAGUGUGACAAAUGCAAAGUUUUUACAUGUAUUUGAAACACACAUCCAUGCACAUUAAAGUAUAUGAGAUAUAUGUUGGACAAAACGAGAGUCCUGUUCACGCGCUGCACUCAGGUUGAUGUCUUCACGUAAAGCCACACUGAGACACUUUGGACUAACUCCUUUGAGAUCUUACAGCAAUGGACGUUUUUAAUGCCUUACAGAAAGCCUGCCUUAAUAAUCACCUCAUUCCCAUUUCAGCUUGUCUGCAUAGAGCUGUUUUUUUUAUAUAAUCUCUGAGGAGUCUAAUUUUUGUUCCCUUUUUGAAAGCUGCGGUUUUAUCAAACUUUGUGUUCUCUGUAAAAGCGAGUGGUCAAUCAAGCACUUUGUUUAAAUCUCUGACCAAUCCCUGUGUGCGAGAAGCCCUCAGCAGAGGUUUUUUAUUAUUUCCCCAGUUUGAUUCUUAACCAGAGGAAUGUGUCAUCCCUGCUUGAGUUUUAUUGUUUGAGUGCAGGGUUUUCAGUAUCUGUCAUCGGUUUACAGAAGGGUGUGGUCGAAAUCGCCACCAUGGUUCACCCUUUUACUGCGUUUAAUCUUUAUGCUGUGUUCAUUUCUUUAUUUGGUCCUAGUCGGGUGAAUGUGGUUCAUAAGGGGUGUCACCGUGUUCAGUAUAUAGAGUUUUGAAUGAAGAUUUAAAUAAAAAAAAUACACUGGAGAAAAAGGAGAAAUGUACAAACAGUAUUGCUUAAUAAAAACAAACUUGAUCA